AUGGAUGCGCCGGAGACCCCACCGAGGCGCCCGGGGAGACGGCAGCAGGCAUCGCCUCAGGCCAAGGACCCCGUCAUAGGCAAGGUCAUCCAACCCCCGACUUUCGAGCCCUUCAUGGACACUUUCUCGCCGGCCCUCGAUCAGCUGCUCGCCCUCCGAUCGCAGGUUGCUGAGCGAACGCGUUCGAUGGAGAGUGAGGUGCGACGCGCGAACCGAGAGUACGGCAAGCGGCUACGGGAGCUGGAUAGUGGAUUCGAGGCCGUCGGUUCGUCUUUCUCCAGCCUCGAGAACAAGAUCACCGACGUUGGGCGCACGGCCGCCAAGAUCGGCGAGCAACUCGAGAGCCUUCACCAAGUGCGAAGUACGGCACAGGCGACCUCGCUCCUGGUCGGAUACUACAUUUCGCUUGUGCAGUAUACAGCGACAACUGGAGAAGAGAAGUCACCACUUGCUCAGCUCUACGCCACCCGCAAGUCGCCCGAGGGAAGGCAACGUCUCGCAGUCGUACUCCGCCGUCUCAUGGCUGUUGCUAAGGACGUCGCUGAUACCGCGGCUACGGCGCUUGCGGACGCGGAGGCAACCGAUGCGAACGGUGAGAGCCAUUCCGUUGCCCACCGCAAUGUUCUCCUGAAGCGCGGCGAGAAGGAGAAGGCAGACCGUGUCGCGGCGGAGAUCGAGAAGUACUGCGAACGCUUCGAGCAGGAGGUGCUCACAUACUUUAACCGUGCUUUCAAGAAGGGUGAUCCCCGUAGCAUGGGACAUUGCGCGAAGGUGCUCCAGGACUUCAACGGUGGAACAUCAUGUGUUCAGGUUUAUGUCAACCAGCAUGACUUUUUCAUCAGCAAGGAUCGCCUUAUAGAAAGCGCUAUGGAGGAGGCCGAGGCGAACGGGACCGCCGUGGAGAUUCUGCCGCCGCCAACUUCAGAGCCUGGCCUCGCCGCUCUCUUCAAGGAAAUCCGCACCACAGUGUCACAGGAGGCCCAGAUCGUUCUUGCUGUGUUCCCCAACCCAACAGCUGUUAUGCAGGUCUUUCUUCAGCGUGUGUUUGCGCAAGUCCAGCACAUUGAGUCCCUCGUGUCCCGCGCAUCGACUGUCUCAACUCUUGCAAUUCUACGCAUUCUCCAUCUUUCACACUCGAUGUGUGCGAAACUGGUGGAGGACCUGAAGUCGCUCGACGUUACUCUUGGCGGCCCCGUUGCGGGAUCCUCCAAGAUGGCAACGGCGCCCACCGGUCCGAUCGCCACCUUGCUCGACCAAUCGUUGGAGGAGAUCUUCAUCCCAUGGCUCGAAGGCAGUCGCUAUCUGGACAGCGAGAGCAAGAACCUGGUCGAGCUGUAUGCCGGGCUCUUGUCGCAGUUCACACACUAUCACGAGACGGUGCUCAAGGCGAAACCCAACUCGCUGAUGAACCGCGUCGUUAAUCAGCUCUCCACCUCCGGAGGUGGCACGACCAACGCCACGGCUCAGGUUGCGUCGUCCGCGGCCCAGGCGAUCGGCAAGUACGCCAAUCUCUUCGCCUCUUCAGCCCAGAAUGCUAUCUCUGGCUCCAAGACACCCACGUCAAACGCUCCAACGCCGCCUCCGCGGUCAACGUCACGUCUCAGCAUGCAGCUUCCGGGUCUACCAACACGUCAAAACUCGUACGAUAACACAACAGAGAAGAUGCCGUCACCGGAAGAUGGUGUUCUGGACAUCGAGCUUGCUGAGCGUAUGAUGCGUUGGCAUGCCGAGGCCAUUGGACGUGUUGUCGAACUUUCCCCUCCAGCCGAAGUCGCUAAGAAUGUGUUCGCUCUCUCCAAGGUUCUCGCGGAGGCGAUCGGACGAUCUUUCAUCGACACUGCCUUGGACUCGGCUUUGGCUCGACUCGAGCAAUACGACGGUCGGACGGAGCCGGAACUUUCGGUACUCACUGUUCUGCGCCCCGCAGACCUUGUCUGCCACCUCUGGCAGCGCUACACCAGCACUGCACUGCUGCCGCUGGCGACGAGUCCGGCUGUGCGCCGUGAGAUGUCGACUUUCAACCAGCACAACACGGUACGAAUGGAGAACAAGGCGAAUGCUGUUCUGCAGAAGGCUGUAGACGUCAUUGUGCUCUGGCUGAGCUAUCUUCUCACCAAGCAGAAGCGCAAUGACUUCAAGCCGAAGAACGACGAGUUGUCAUUCGCCCGUACCAACACUGAGCCUUGUGAGCUGUGCUGCGACUUCCUUGCGCAGGUUCACGUUACGGCGACUGAGGCCUUGAGCGGGAAGAACCUCGAAGCCCUCCUCACCGAAGUAGGCGUCAGCUUCCACUCUCUGCUCCUGGACCACUACAAGAAGUUCCCGGUGAACCCAACUGGUGGUCUGAUGCUCACGAAGGAUUUGGCGACGUACCAGGAGUGCAUCGCUGCCUUCAACUCGCCGGCGCUGAACGAUCGGUUCGAGAUGCUGCGUCAACUCGGCAAUAGCUUCAUCGUACAGCCCGAUGUGCUGCGCACGUAUAUGACGGAGUCGCACCUCGGACGCAUCGACUCUCGCUUGUUGCGGCCAUAUCUGCAGCAGCGCAGCGACUGGUCGCAGUUCGCACGACAGUUCAGUGACACGGAGGAGAUUGAAACGACCGCCGUCGCGGCUCCGAUGUUCCUCGGCCGCCAGGCCAGCAAACGUCUCUCGGCGAUGGGUGGAGCCGCCGGUGCGGCCAUGGGCGGUAUGGCCGGAGCGGGCAUGGCCGGUAUGCAGAAGUUGCGGGAUGCGCUGAAGGACUUCGAGAACAUGACGGAGAAGGCGCACAACGAGAGCUCCAGCCCCUCGACGCCAGGCAUAGAGCGCUCGGCGUCGAGUGCGAGCACCAAAGCGCCGCCGCCAAGCACCUGGUCGAACCAGGGCGGGCACCGCACACAGCCGUUCGUGUACAUGGGCAUGCCCUAA